GCCCAUUGAAAAAAGUGAAAAGUCUAAACAUGCCCCCUGGUUUAAUGACGCAAGUUUGUGCUCAAAAGUCCUCUCUUUUUAUCUCUUUAUUUAUCAAAGGUGUCAGACAUUCUACGACGAAUGAAUACGAACAGCAAUGGACUGCAUAAUAUUGGAGAAAAGCAAAAUACAAAUGCUGUAUAAAGCCUGCAAUGUCGUCUUUUCGGAUCUGAAAGCACUCCCAACUUUCCGACAAAUCCAAUGGCUGAAAAAUCUCCUUGGCACAUUUGAAGCCAUAGAUUUCGGAAUCGAUGAAUUUGGUUCGGGUAGAUCUCCAUCUUCGAGUCCAAGGAGCGGCCAGGGAUUGGUUUCUGGGCAAGGCAUCUCCCAAAUCACUUACAUUCAUGUUCAUGAAUGUGACCAUUUCUCUAUAGGCGUGUUUUGCUUCCCGGCUGGGGCUACGCUUCCCCUUCAUGAUCACCCUGGAAUGACAGUCUUUACCAAACUCCUCUACGGUUCUGUUUAUUUUAAAUCUUACGAUUGGAUCAAAGUGGAAACUUCUUCUAGCUUCAGAACAUUUGGAUUGGCAGGCAAGGUUUUUGAUGGAGUUAUAAGCUCACCAUGUGAGACUCGUGUAUUAUUUCCAAGAAGUGGCGGGAACAUUCAUUCUUUUACUGCAGUAACUCCCUGUGCUAUCUUGGAUGUAUUGACCCCACCUUACUCCGACGACCACGGCAGGCCUUCUACUUACUUCUUCGACUUCCCUAUUCCAUCUCUUCCUGCAGGCUAUGCGGUGCUUGAGGAAAGGGACAUGCCCGAAGAUCUGUUUGUUGCUGGAGCGCCAUAUCUUGGCCCUCCUAUUCAAGCGUGUGAUGACCGUUGUUGACUUACUGACUUUUGACUUUGUAUUUGGGAGUGCAUCUAGUUUUUGAAAUAUGUAUACUUGCAUAUACGUGAGUGAACAGUUGAUCAAAGUAGUGUGUUCACUUUAUAAGACUUAAAUUGCUAAUCUGCUUUUCUAUAUGUUAGUGCAUCUAGUUUUUUAAAUAUCUAUGGUUGCAUACGUGACUCGUGAGUGAACAAUUGAAUGUAGUUUGUUCACUAUAUGGGACUUAAAUUGCUAAUCUUCUUUUCUAUAUGUUAGUGCAUCUAGUUUUUGAAAUAUGUAUAGUUGCAUACGUGAGAGAACAGUUGAUCAAUGUAGUUUGUUCACUUUAUGGGACUUAAAUUGCUAAUC